AUGUUUCGGACGGCGCUCAACGAGGACCAGCGGGAUGCCGUGCGAAAGCUGGUCACCGCUAAGGAUUACGCUCUGCUGCUGGGGAUGCCUGGCACCGGGAAAACCUGGACAAUCGCCUUCGCGGUACGGGUCCUCCUCGCCCGAGGCGCCUCGGUCCUCGUCACCUCCUACACCCACUCCGCCGUGGACAACUUGCUGCUGAAACUGAUCGAGGAGGGGGUUCCGUGUCUGCGCGUGGGCAAGCCCUCCUCGGUGCACCCGGGGGUCCGGCCUCACUGCGUUAACUAUGACGGGUCGGCGGAGACCACGGCGGCGUACUCGGAGCUCGUGGCUUCCGCGCGGGUCGUCGGCUGCACGUGCCUAGGCGUGAAACACCCGCUCUUCUCCCACCGGCGCUUCGAGUACUGCGUGGUUGACGAGGCCGGCCAGAUCUCGCAGCCGGUCGUGCUCGCCCCUCUCCGCUGCGCCGACGUCUUUGUGCUGGUGGGGGAUCACUAUCAGCUUCCCCCCCUGGUCACCAGCUCGGAAGCGCUCGAGGCCGGCAUGUCGGAGAGCCUGUUCCGCCGCCUGUGCGAAGCGCACCCGGCGUCCCUCCAGCGGCUCUCCUACCAGUACCGCAUGAACGGCGACGUCAUGGCCCUCUGCAACGACCUCACCUACUCGGGGAGGCUCCGCUGCGGCAACGCUACGGUGGGGGCCCAGCGACUGGUACUGCCUAGCCCCGCCGCGAUCCCGCCGCCGCGGAGCCCCUCCUCGCUGCCGCCGCAGCUGCUGGCUCCAGCGCCUGUUCCACCGUCGACUGGUGCUGUUGGUGGUGGUAGUGGUGCUGCCGCUGUUGGCAGUGGUGGUGGUGGUAGUGGUGGUGGUGCUAGCGGUGGCCGUACCGCACGGGGUGCGGUGGGUAGCGCUGCUGACCCCCCCGGCGGCGGCGGGUUGCGGCGGAACCACCACCCCGCCCGCCGCGCCUGGCAAGGCAAGACACCCCCCCCCGGCGGCGGCGGCGGCGGCGGGCACCCGAGAUCCUCCGCCGAUGCUGGGCUGACGCCGUGGUUGUCGGAGGUUUUGCACCCGGACAGGCGUGUCGCCUUCCUCGACACCGACGCCAUCUCUCCAGACGAUGGGGAGGCGGUUGAAGCAGGGCGCGGGGCGGGGGGCGGUGGCUGGGGGGGCGGGGUUGGGAGGCCGCCGUUUGCGGGUUUGGAGGUUCGGUCCGUGGCGGAGGCCGGGGAGCAGAGGGGACGGGGGACGCUGGUCAACGCCGUGGAGUGUGAUGUGGUGCGGCUGCUGGCGUGGGGGCUGGGUGUUGCGGGGUUUGACCUCGGAGGGGUUGGGGUGAUUUCUCCCUACCGAUCGCAGGUUCAGCUGCUGCAGGCGGAGCUGAAACCGUCGUUCCCAGCUCUCGAGGUCAACACCAUCGACAAGUACCAAGGAAGAGACAAGAAGGUGAUCGUGGUAUCCUUCGUGCGGUCCAAUGCCGAGGGCACCGUUGGCCACCUCCUCCGAGACUGGCGGCGGCUUAACGUAGCCCUCUCCAGGGCCAAGCACAAGCUCCUGCUAGUGGGAUCCCUCCGCACCCUCUCCAGCUGCGCGGUCCUGAACUCCCUCGCCGGCAUUCUCCGAGACAGGGGAUGGGUGUAUUCUCUCCCCCCGGGGGCACACAGGAUGUAUCCCAGGGCCGUGGAGACCCAGGAGGGUGUUGGUGGUACGGGCCCGGUUCCCGGCGGGACUGUUGGUGUGGUCCGCGGAGGAGGAACGGGCGGGACUGUCGGCAUGGUUCGCGUAGCGGGCGGGACUGUCAGGACGGUCCGAGAAGGAGAGACGUCGACGCCGUGGGAGGGGCCAGGUGGAAGUGCCGCUGCCGGCGCUGGGAGCACUAGCGACGGUGGCAACGGCGGUGGCGGUGGCGGGGGGCCCCGUGAGGAUGAAAAUGCGAGAAGUGGGCUGGGAGCAGCAGGCGUGCAGUCGGGGGGUAGGGUGCCUGCAUUGGGGGAAAGUGGGCGAGGCGGCGGCCGAGGGGCGCGGCAACGAUGCGCCGACUAG